GUAAGGGCAGUGAGGGAGGAGAGACUCGUACUGAUCGAUAAACCAAGCCUAGUCCCGGGAGGAGUCUGAAGGAGAAACAACGGUUUUGGUGAUGGAGCUGGCUCUUCUGCUGCUGGUUGUACUGAGUCUGAUCUCUGGAGCAUCAGCAGUGCAAGAUCAAUACAGCAGAGCAGUGGACUGGCUGAGUCGGUACGGCUACCUCCCUCCUCCCGACCCUCGGACCAGCAAACUGCAGAGCAAGGAUGGGAUCGAGAAAGCCAUUCGGGUCAUGCAAAGAUUUGGAGGGGUCACGGAAACCGGGGUCCUCGACAGCGACACCCUGAAACUCAUGUCAACGCCGCGCUGCUCUCUACCUGACAUUGUCGGCAGCGACGACAUGCUGAGGAAGCGCCGCAGGAGGAAGAGAUACGCUCUGUCAGGCCUUAAGUGGCACAAGACAGACCUCACGUGGAGCGUUCACAGCUACCCAUCGCCGUCCAUCUCGCCCCGCAUGUCCGUCGGUUUGGUGGACAACCUCCUGACUCGCGCCUUCAAAGCCUGGAGUGACGUGGUCCCCUUGAAUUUCCGACGGCUGCCGAGCGACGUAGCCGGCGGGGACAUCAGGGUGUCUUUUGCCCGCCUGCUCCACGAGGACGGGUACCCGUUUGACGGACAGGGCGGCACCCUGGCCCACGCCUUCUUCCCCGGCAGGGACACCAUGGCGGGCGACACACACUUUGAUGAUCAUGAGAUCUGGAGCUUUGGAGGCGACAGCCGAACAACAGACCUGUUCACGGUCGCGGUGCACGAGUUCGGCCACUCGCUCGGACUUUCUCACUCCUCCACCGACCCGUCCAUCAUGAGGCCGUACUACCAGGGCGCUGUUGAAGACGUUUCUGGCUUUCAGCUGGCCCUGGAUGACCGGCUGGCCAUCCAGCAGCUCUAUGGGGUGAAAGGUGGCGGGCGUCCAGGCGGCGUCGACCCUGACCUUCCACGUCUGCCCAGUCCACCUCCACCAAGACCAACGCAGCGGUUUGAUCCUUCAUUCAAGGAGCGGUGUCAGGGGGGAUUUGAUGCAAUAGCAAAUAUCAGAGGAGAAGUUUUCUUUUUUAAAGGCUCACAGUUCUGGAGGACUCAGCAGGAUGGGUCCUUAGUGUCCUCAAGUCCAGCUCUGAUCAAAAACUUCUGGCUCGGCCUUCCACCCCGGAUGGACAAGAUCGAUGCAGUUUAUGAGAGGAAGAGUGACAGCCGGAUCAUCUUUUUUAUCAACUCUCAGUACUGGGUCUUCAAGGACACCCGGGCCAUGAGCGGCUACCCCCGUCCAAUCUCCGAGUGGGGCAUGAGGAGGAAAAACGGCGCCCCGGUCGACAAGGUGGACGCCGCCUUCGUCUGGGCCCACAACGGCAUGACCUACGUGUUCAGCGGCGGGGAGUUUUGGAGGUUCGACGAGAGCCGGAGGGGCGAGCAGGUGACCAGGCAGCCCGAGCCGGGCUACCCGAAGAACAACAGCCUCUGGGGCGGAAUGCCCUCCGACAUGGACGACAUCAUUACCUGGGGAGACGGAAACGCCUACUUCUUCAAAGACAACCUUUAUUGGGUGCUGGACAAAGGAGGAAUGAACCAGGAUGUCGUCCCAAAAUCCAUCGGAGAAAACUGGCUGAGGUGUCCGGCUCCACGACCAACUGCUGCUCCCGAGAAUCCAGGAAGCACGGGGAAAUGCCACUGUGACCUGAAGGCCUCGUCCUCGCCACUGAGAAGCAGCUGGCUCCUCCUGAGCUCUGUCAUGUUGGUGAAUGAGUUUUUUAGAAACUUAAAUUUUUCUGGUUGAUGCUCAGUAAAAAGUGACUGCCAUCAUAAACCCAGAAAAAUGAACAGAUCAGACCUUUCCUUGGAUGUGAUGUAGAGUUUCAAACACUCCUUUCUAUAGAAAAAAAAGUAUCAGAUUACUCAGAGAGUGGGAGAAUGACCAGAAACCUAACACUGUAAUGAAGCACUCGGGUGCCUCCCUCAUAGUGAGUUCCUUUACAGCAAAUACGAACAAACGAACUGCAGCUGUUCAUUUCUGUGCAAGAGUACUUACUCUAAACUUCAGUUUAAGGAGUGAUAUCGAUCAAAUGGUUGAGCUUUUUCUGAAAUGAUUUCUGUAAAACUUUGAUAUGUAUAUUUUGUGUUGACACUGUCUGUGCCAGUCAUCAUCAGAUGAGUUUAUUUCACAGUAAACAUAAUAUGUAGCUCAACGGCUCACUAUGAGUUCACAUUUUCUUGUGAAUCUUUGAUCUUGACCCUGAAAAGAUGAAAAGAUGCACUGAAGCAGGAUCUUUUCUAUGCUCUUAUCAAUAGAUCGCCAGCUCUCAUGUGACAAACUCAUUCUUCGUCACUCCAGACAUGCCAGUCCCUCAUGAGAUGGCAAAGAUCUGUGGGCGAUAGCUUUAUGUGGGACACCUUUCCCGCAGUGCCGAUCGCUGCAUGAUCUCAAAGAGACCGGGUGUUACACAAGGUCAAAAAUAUAGAAAAACAAGCAUAACGAUAGGAGCUUAUGUUGUUUAGCUUGUUGGUUUAGUCCUCGCUGGGUCACAUUUUUGUGAUUGCUUACUUAGGUUCAAAAGGAAAAACCAAUCAAGACCUCAUGAACUCUCCUGAGAGCCAGAGUUUUUUUUUUUUUUUUUUUUAAUACAAAACGACCUUUAGUCACAAAGAAGGAGGACAAUCUUGGGUCAAACAGUUUUCUCAUCUGUUUAUUUCUGAUAUAUGUAGUUAAUUCUUACAUUUUAUUUUUUCACAGGACAUUCACAUUAUUCUGGGAGGCUUUGAUUUGUAUUUAUAGCUUUGAUUAUGUUCCUAUAGUUGUAAAUAGUGAAGUAAACUGCAACUAUCAUUUUGUUUUACUAUUUAAAACACAAUAUGCAACAAUGGCACCUCCAUGGACUUUAGACUCCAUAUGCAAUAAAUCAUAUCAAAAUAAAACAAAAAUAAUCUGUUAGACUUUUCCAUUGUUUUUUUUUUCUGCCUUUGUUGUACAUCUUUGAAGCCAAGUUGUUCCAAAAUCCAAGAUGAUGAAUAUGAUUCAAAUCAGUAAAUGUAAGUGCAACACAAUAUCUGAAGGCAUACGUGUGGCUCACCCGACUGUGAAAAUAAUGAUGCUCUUCUGAUUUUGUGAAAUCAUGAAAUCAUUCACUGCACCAAAAUCAUAGCACUGAGUGUACAUUUCAGCUCCAGUAGUGUCUCCACUGAUAAAAAAUAAAAAUAAUAAUGCGGCAAAACAGAGUAACACAAACACUGAAGUACAAUAAAAUUGCCGUAUUCUGCAACAGCAGGCCAACAGAUACAUCCAAACAUCAAGGUAGACUUCCACUCAAAUGCUGAGGCUGUUCCUGGACUUCGUUUCUGAAACCGGUAAACAUUGUGCACAUGUACUUCCUGCAGAUAUCUGAAUGUGGCUCAAGUCAGACUGGUGUUGCAACUCUGCUGUUUAUAGCUUCAAACACAAAUGUAAAUCUCUAAUGCAAAGGGAGGCGUUGAUUCGCACAACACAGAUUUGAUAAUAGCUUCAUAAUUCAACAAAACUGUUUACCGUAGCUCGGAAAAAAACCAAGAAAGGCAGUCAGGCUUGACCACGAAGAGCAAAGGCAGCCAAAAAAA